GAAUUGGAAUCCACACCAAGCAGAUCCGUGGAAGCUUCUACAUCAUUUGACGGUCAUGAUCAAGUUCAGAAUGCAACAUCGGUAGAUUCCCUCAAUUCUCUUUUAAUUCAAAUGGCAGGGAGCUGCAAAGUAGACUUAUUGAAAGACAAAAUACUACAGGGAUGGAAUUCUGGCGGGUGGAAUGAUUCUAACCUACCUGGUGAUCAGUAUCCGGACUGGUUUAUCUACAAGGGCGAAGGACGCUCAGUAAAUUUUAAGGCACCUCAAGUCAUAGGUUGUCACUUGAAAGCGAUGCUUCUGAAUGUUGUGUAUUCUUCUUCCAUGGAUAACACAAGGCCUCAAUUUCUCAUAAAUGUUCUGAUAAUUAACUACACGAAGGCUUAUGUUAAACAAUGUAAGGGAGACUCGGCAACUUUCCAUGAAGAUGCAGAAUGGCAAAGCAUCAUUUCAAGUGUUCAACCUGGUGAUCAGGUAGAGCUUAUUUUAAGUAUUGGGCCUCAAUUCCCUGUGAAGAAGAUUGCAGCAUACUUGAUCUAUGAUGGUUCUAAGCGUCGCAGGUUAUUGAAAUAAUUGUCGCAAAAACUGAUUUCGCUUUGUAAUAUAGCCUCAGUAUUUCUGAUGCAGCGGCAACUUUUAGAUAUGGAAAAUGACAAUUACGACCUUCUUAAGCAAGGUAAUGAUGCUUGAGGACCCAAAUUUAAAGCUGCCAAUUGCUACAGACUUAAAACAAGAUUUUUACAUUUCAACUAGAGCUUUUUGGUUCA